AGUGUUUCCUGUUUAUGCAAUAUACUGACUGGUGGGUUCAGUUCGGGGUUUCGUGUGUGUGCGUUUAGGAUGAAAGAAUAAUCAGCAGCGGCCUACUCGAACUGCAAUCUCCCCGGCCCAUUCCCCAUGCACCAGGCGUUGGUAAUUCAAGCGUUAUAGCGGUCUCCGGACCACGUUGUGUGUUGUAUGUAGUAUACGCUGAAAUAUACGUAUAAUGGCGUCUGCGCAGUAUAGACAGGAACAAUCCCGGAUUCCUGUAACACGUACGCUUAGCCGCACAGAUCUAACUUGACACCAAUUACCAUUCCCCUUUGAGGGAAGGCAACAUAAGUACUUUGACUGCAAGCCCAGCUAUUGAUGCAAUUGUGCUGGCUUGUUAUGCCUAUCAUAAUCCGUCGAUGGGCUACGUAAAUAGCUCCAGAUGUGUAUGUGGGAGAAACAGUUUUGAGCACCCGCGUUGCCAUUAAAUUUUUGUAUAUGAAACCCUACAAUUAGGAUAUAUGUAUAGAAAGUGACCAGUGUGUUUUCAAAUCUUCGGGCUGCGUCAUCCUGACAACGUCAUGUCAAACCAUUAGUGAAUACUGCUGUUCUGUGUAUACGGUGCGUCUCGUGCAAGUUAAAUACAUGGUGAGCGUAUAUGUCUCCUAAAAUUUGUAAUUGAUGUGCACAAAGGAUAUUUUAUCUGCCGAAUCCAGAGGCGUGAAAAUAGUCGGAAUAAGUUCCGCCUACCGGAUUGUGGGACUUGCGUUUGUAUGAACCUGACCUUAUCUAGAUAAAUGAUUCACUGGAUGUAUUAAUGGAUACCGGGCAGAAUGAUGAUACUGUCAAGCCGCUAACCCGCAAAAAGUCAGCUGCCACCAGUGCGGUAGUCUGUGUUGAUGGAUAUCAAUAUAAAAUUGUCGCAAACACGCCGGAAAAACUUCGCCAAGCAGAUAGCGCUCCACCUGGGACGACAUCCGUUCCCGAAGUUGUUACUUCGGCGGCCAACAGCACUGUCCAAGGGACUGCUGCUCCUCCCGUCCAAAAUCCUCCUCAAAGGCAACCUCCAGCGCCACUAAAAAGUAAUUCCGCUAAUUCUGUGCUGCGUCAGCGGAAAUCAUCGGCGUAUUCUAGUGCAAAUGGAGCCGCCGAUGGAGCCUUUAAUGUGGCGAAGCCGUUAGAUACUAACGUUGAUGCAGUUGAUUUGACAAUGAAGGAUAUACCUUCCUGCGAUACGCCUGAAGGGAUUCAGGCCGCUGUUUUAAGAUUACGGCAUAUGGUGAAAGUGCUUGUGGACAAGCCGAAAGAUGAGGUCCCAGUUGAAGAUUUCAAGGCAAAUCUUGAGUUUGCCGCCAAAGUUCUGGAGCAUUGCUACGCGGAGGAGCAGAGGCUCCCGCUGUCUGAGUCUCCCAGCUGUUCACCCCGCCAUGGCAGAUCUUCUAAUAAUCACAAAAAACAUGAUACUCUUCAGUUGCCUGCUGGCUCUGGCUCGGGAUCGCUUACUGAUCUUAGGCCAAGCUCACCCAUCAACUCCUGUGAUUCUCUUUUUAGCUUCGCUGCAAUGGUCAAAAAACGAAAAAAAGACCCCAGCUCGUCAAGAAGGCUGAAUGAAGAGGACGAAGAUGAACUGUCGGAUGUGGAGCCACAUGCCGUGCCCAAUGAAGUGCGCGAGUGGCUCGCGUCAACAUUCACGCGAAAAUUAAGCGUAGUGAAACGUCCCAGUGAGAAGCCAAAAUUUCGAAGCGUCGCCAAUGCAAUCCGAGCCGGGAUUUUUGUUGAACGAAUCUACAGAAGGAUGUCCAGCUCGCAAGUGCUUCAUAUUCCACCCAAGAUCGUCAUGCAACUCCGGACUAUUGAUGAAUGGACGUUCGAUGUUUUCGCGCUAAAUGAUGCGUCCAGCGGUCAAUCAUUGCGAUAUGUUGCCAAUGAAGUCUUAACGCGAUACGACAUGUUGACUAAAUUCAAAAUUUCGAAUUACGCCAUGGAAAAUUACAUGAUUGCUGUGGAAGCAGGAUACAGCAAGAAUAACAAUCCCUACCAUAAUUUGAUCCAUGCGGCGGAUGUGACGCAGACUAUGCAUUGGUUUUUAUACCAGACGGGCUUAGCGCACUGGUUAUCCGAUUUGGAAAUUUUUGCUAGCUUGAUUGGGGCUAUUAUUCAUGACUAUGAACAUACCGGAACGACUAACAAUUUCCACGUGCAGUCACGAUCGAAUCUGGCUAUGCUGUACAAUGAUCGAUCGGUUCUAGAAAACUACCACCUAAGUGCAUCGUUUGCCUUAAUGCAGAAGGAUGAGCAUAAUAUUCUUGCCAAUUUAACCAAAGAAGAAUACAGAGAAUUUCGCUCACUGGUUAUCGACAUGGUUUUAGCCACCGAUAUGAGCAUACACUUUCAGCAGAUCAAAAACAUGAAGUCGCUUUUAAGUAUGCCGGAAAGCAUCGACAAAUCCAAAGCCCUCCAGCUGGUCCUGCAUGCUUGCGAUAUCAGUCACCCCGCCAAGCCCUGGGAUCUGCAUUACAAAUGGACAAUCGGUGUACUGGAAGAGUUUUUCCAGCAGGGCGAUCGCGAAAAAGAACUGGGUCUACCGUUCUCUCCUUUGUGCGACCGGCAAACCACUGUGAUUCCGCAGUCUCAAAUCGGUUUUAUCGAUUUCAUCGUUGAGCCCAGCAUGACCAUAAUGGCGGAUAUGCUGGAAAAAAUCCUCCGACCCCUACAGGGCGAUGAUGGAGAGGAUGCCGAACCGGUGGAGGUCAUCAACGCCAACCUCGCCGCGGAUCGACCGAAAACAGCGCCGCCCAUACGCAGUGCGUCGGAGGGCGUCAAUAUGCUUGCCCACAAAAAUGCCGUCUGGAGACAUACGGCCGCCAAGGCCAGCCAUGAAAUUAAAAAACCAUGGCUCUUUCAUUUCACCGAUAAUAAAACGAAAUGGAGGGACGAAGCCAUUCAAGCUGACGCGGAGCGCCGGUUGCGAUUCAAAAAAGAUAGCCCAGAGGUGGAAACGGAUGCGAACAAGAACAUCAUUCACGAGGAAGAAGAAAAACUUGAUCAUUCUCAUCAUCAAACAACCGUUGCAAGCACACCCAAUCCCUCCAUGCCCAGUGCCAGUUAGCACACAGUGAUUAAAUUUCCAAAAUAAUUUUGGUCCACUAAUUUGUUAAUCUAGAAGAGAAAAGGGAUCUUGACGAAAUAAUUGUGGAUAGAGAUAUUUUUGGUUCUUGCUGUUACGUAUAUGACUGCGUAAUUUGCCAAAAUGUAUACAGGUAUCUCAAUACGAAACUUUCCAUUUAAAGUAGUGAUAGAACGGACGAUGGUCGAAAAAGCACUAGCUAGUACAUUCUUAUUGUUAUGUCAGAGUAGUUUAAUAAUUUAUGUUUUCAGUAUGUAUAAUAGUUACAGUAAUCACUUAUAUGGUGACCAUUUUAAAUGUAAUUAUAUUGGUAAUAAACGAAUACCAAGAGUUUAUAGCAAUCAGCAACCUGUAAAAGUCAUC